UAUUAUGAUAAGAAACAACCUCAUAUUCUCUAUGGCAGGACGGUGAGGAAGGAGUACAUCAACGCUAAAUACGUGGAGCACAAAUUUGCCCACCGGACUGGCAAAGCCACGGUUCCAGGCAAGCUGUCAGAGGCGGUGCACUCCCGAGAUCUGCUGUUACUUAUCCAGAUAUAUGCAGAGGGGAGGGAGCUUAUGGAGCCCCUGCCCGAGGCAGGAAAGGUAACGGUAGCUGUGUUUAUUUUAUUCUUAAAUGGCAUAUGAACUGAAGUUCACAACGAGUCAGAAGACAAUUCUGAAGGCUUCAAGUGGUUCCCAAUUCCGAAACAAUUUGGAACCACUGGACGAAGAGGUGGUUAUCAAAAAUAUGGACAUGAAAAUAUUCAUAAAUAAAUCAAAUGAAUAAAUUAUUACAGUGGUGGUAUUUGAUCUAUUUUUAUUUAUGUAUAUUUUAAUUAGUUAAAACCCACUGAGAUCAAAAUGCUAAUGCUAGUAUGCCAGUGAUACCAUUAUACAAAUGUCCAAAUGAAUACACAGACUUGUUCCCAACAGGAGCCCGGUGAGACUGCCCUCCACUACUCUGUGAGGACUGCUGACCAGACCUCCCUGCAUCUAGUGGACUUCCUGGUGCAAAACAGGUAUAUGUCCCGGCAGAGGGAACUAAAUCACAAUUUAAAGUUGGAAAUUAUAACAAACACAUUUACUAAAUACUUGUUAAUGACUUACUAAUGAUUAUCUUAAGUGUUACCAUUUUAUUCUUUGUAUAUCUGUCACUAGAAUUUGACUAUCAGUCUCUCUCACUCUCCACCCCCAGUGGUAAUCUAGACAGUCAGACGGAGAAUGGAAACACUGCACUACACUACUGCUGUCUGUAUGAAAAACAAGAAUGUUUGAAACUGCUACUGCGGGGCAAGCCAGCCAUCGACAUCGGUGUGUGCAAACCCUCGGAUUGUCCCCGUCGGACU